AUGGCCUUGAUUGGAAUCAUGCACCUGUCACGUCCUUUCAUUCGACUGGCUCCGUCGGUGUGGCCAGUGAGUGUUGGACUGAGUGGCAGAAGUGUUGCCACCGCAGCACCUUCUCAUGCACAUCCCAACCCUGGUAAUUUUGCAAAUCGUUCACACGACGAGCUUUCGGCGAUGGGCCAGAAGGGUGGUAAAAAAGGCGGCAAAGCCCGAGGCGUAGGUGGUUUUCAUAACAUGGAUACCAAGAAGCAGCAUGCCAUUGCCUCGAAAGGUGGCCGCGCGGAAAGGAAAGCAGCUAUAGAGCGUGAUGAGAUUGAGAAUCAACUGCGCCUUGAGAGUGAACAGCGCAGUCGGUCGCAGGAACCCACGUAA